AUGAACCUUUCAAACACUGUCUUUGAAGACGACGAGUUGGAACUUCUUAAUUUGGGUCUAAAAUAUUGUGUACGCACACCUCUUUCUGAUAUUGAUAUCCUCAAAUAUGCUGUAGAAUUGGACGUCAUUAUCGAACAAAUCUCGAAUGAUUACAACAUCAAAAAAACACUAAGGAAUGACAUACACAAUGUUUUAUACAACACAAAGAAAAACAUCACUAAAUACAACCUUUCUAUCUCGACGUUCUCGCUUAGGACCCUCAAAAAACUCAGAAUUAAGAUUAAUGAACAAAAUUUAAUUAUAACCAAAGCUGAUAAAGGCUGUUGUCUUAGAUUGUCGUCGAAUCCACACAACGGUUUCGCCAGGAGAACAAACAGAAUUCUUAAACAUUUCAGCAACUUCCUUGAACAAAAUCAAGCUCCCAAAGUACUUCUUUCUAGCAAUCCAGUGGUCCCAAGGUUGUAUGGCCUUCCCGAGGGGUGUUUCACGAUCGGCAUUGGUGUACAAAUGUUCGGCAAUGAUGGCGGCAAUGAAGGCAGUGAUUUAGGCAUUGACGGCAUUGAUUUCGGCAUUGACGGCAUUGAUGGCAUUGAUGACGGCAUUGACGGCAUUGAUGACGGCAUUGAAGGCAUUGAUGACGGCAUUUUCGACGGCAUUGUUCUGAGAAUAAUGGCAAGUCAAGUGGUGGAAGAAACAGUAGAAAUAAUGGAGUCUCCGAGGGAAUCCCCGAUUAUCGAUCCUGUCGAGGAGCCGGUAGAAGAAUUUGAGGCUAUCUUGGCGAAAGUCCAGAUUCCUAAAAAUAUAAAAAGUCUGUUAUCUUACUGUGGAUGGAACAGUGUCUCAACAUUUCAAAAUAUAUCAGAAUCUGAUAUCGACGAAAUGGAAAGAUUCGCCAGGGAUGAUUUAUCACAGCUUUUAGAAGGUACCGAAUUAAAAGAGUUUUUUGGAGUUUUUGCAAAAAAGCCCUCCUUGUUCAAACUUCAUGGAGGACAUAGGCAAUUACUUCGCAACAUAAAAGAAAUGUGUAAAGCUACUUCCCAAAUAAAAUGUUCUAAAUGCCUCAGUAAAUGCAAAUGCAUGUGCAAGGAUCUUGGCAAGCAUACAGCAGGUAAAAAGAGGGUGAAAAAUGCUGAAAAAACCCGUGAAAAAAGAAAAAAGGAUAUCGAACAAUGUACAGAAGAACCAAGUAACGUAGAGCAAGACAAAAACAACAAAAAGGGACACAAUUUUUCUGAAGCAGAAUCAGAAGAACCUUCGGGAGAACCCCAGGUAGAACCUUUAAGUCAUCUAAAGCUAGUUAUAGGCAAUUACAUAAAAUCUUUCUGUAACAAAAUAUUGAAGGACAAUGACGAAGCUAUAAAUAUUAAAAGCAAGAUAGGUAAUAUUCAACUAUCUUCAGAUAUUCCAACGUCUGCGAAAGUUAAAUGCCUGCUGUGCGAUGCGAGUAUAAAAGUAUCCCGUGUGGCUCAUUUCAAAGAAAAAAAUCAAACCGAGAAUGAAACAGAAAAUCAAACAGCCAAGCCUCGAAGCAAACUAAAAAAUUCUACCUUGUUGGACUACUUCCAUGACUACCGAGAAAACGAGGGAAAGGAAAACAACUCUCAAACGAGGUCUCAAAGCAACCUCUCAGAAGGCAGUUCCUUUGACGCCUUGUUCGAUUCCAACUUGGACAACGACGUAGCAUGCACCCAAACAUCGGAAGCAAGCAAUUUAAUAGGUGGAGAAUAUCUGGAGGCAAAUAAUGAGCUGGUCUCGGAGCAGCUUGCUCACAACGAUAUUUCUGUAAUGCAAACUCUCGUACAACCUGGAAUAUUGCCCUUAGCAUUACCCGAGGCAUUACCUGAUUUGGAGAAUAACGGGAAUCUGUUUUUUUCACAAGGCAGAACUUCCAGUGAGGCAGGAAGUGCUGCUUUAGAAAAGAGUUCAGAAAAUGAGCUCGAGAAGCCUCAAAAACCUACCAAGGAUGCAAAGUGUAAAUGGAAAGACGAAAAAUAUUCGCGAACUCAGAGAAAUUUAAGAAAGCUAGAGUUGGAGGUUGACCAUCAAUUAAAAAUAACAUCAUUUUUUGAACUCAAAGACCGUAUUGUGGAAGUUUUGGGAAGUAAUGAAAACAUCGAGAGGAACAUACUGAAGUCGUGUGCUGAUCAUUAUGAAUUCGCAGAACUGAAUAUGAAUAACUUUCUGAAUCUUCUGAUAAAGCAUGCAAAGCAAAAUAGUUCUUCUACUGCUAAAAACAACAGAUUUACCGAUGACCUCAAAAAAUUCUGUCUAUACUUGUUUAUCAUUGGAGGCAAACUGAACUAUGAAACUUUACAAAAAAAUCUACAAAAUAUAUUACCAUCAUUGUCAUCAGUGCGCCGAUCAUUGAAUGAGAACCUCUCAGUAAUAGAAGGUGUUGUCAGCAUGUGUGAACUUAAAAACUAUUUAGUAAAAAGAAAACUUCCUCUAAGCGUUUUCAUAAGUGAAGAUCAAACGGCAAUACUGAAAAAGAUCCAGUAUGACCCGAAGUCCAACAAGUUAGUGGGCGUGCUAUUGCCUAAAGAUAAUACAGGUUUUCCAGUAACUAAUAAAUUUAUCGUAUCCUCGAUACAAGAUAUUAGAAACGCUUUUGAAAAAGAGAUUAUCACAAACAACGCAUACGUAUUUAUGGCUCAGCCCUUGAAAGAUAAAGUCCCAGCGUUUUGUUUGUGCAUUUUCGGAAGCAACAAUAAAUUUAGUUAUGAAGAUGUUAUCAACAGAUGGACGUUUGUAGUUACUGAAGCCCAUAAGUAUGGAAUUGAAAUAUACGGUUUUUCGUCAGAUGGGGAUACUAGGUGUUUGAAAGCAAUGAAGGAACUUUGGAAUUUUCCAGACAAAAGUCAGAAAAAUUGGUUAUCGCCAUAUUUCCAGAUGGAGUUUAACCUAAAAUCCCCCGUAGUUAUUCAAGACACUGUACAUAUUUUGACAAAGAUGAAAACAAGACUUCUAAAUCCCAAUAUAACGUUGACCAUGGGAAAGCAUAAAAUAUCUUCCAAAAUUCUUGCUGAGAUGAUUGAAAAAUUUUCCAAAGAUAUACACUGUUUAUGCCAGUCUGACUUAGAUAGGGAUUCUUUCAGUUUUCCAAGGGAGAAUAAUGCAAGACUUGGAGGCGUUGAAGAUAAAAAAAAUUAUGACUUACUCGAGUUGGCAGAAAUUGAAAAAAAUAUUAUUGAUGCCAAAGAAAAUGCUAGGGAAGAUGCUAAUCAUCUUGGGAUUGUAGUAACUGAUGAACACUUUAGUAUCGUUCAUUUGAGAGAAAAUUCUGCAAAUGAGGAGACAGCUGGAAAUGCAGAGGAAAUUAUCGAGGAAAUUAUUGAUUCAGAUUUGGAAAUAGAAACUAGCAGUCAAGCACUAGAGGAGGAAUAUAUGUCUGAAUAUGACUUAAAUGAACUAGAAGAAGACCUUAAUACUCUUCAAGACAUGGAGAAUUUAAAUUUAAGAGAUUACAGUGGUCAAAAUAAGUCAUGUGAUAAAAGUAGCUCAUACAUAAUGGUAACGUUAAAAAAUGGAAAACAAAUGACAGUAAAAAAAUCCAGCAUCUGUUGGUUUUUCUCAGAAAAACAGGGAAGAUUGUCGACAGAUCGACUACUUAGAGUUAAAGGCAUGUCCUCGGCCACGUCGCAACCUACAACUCGACCUAAAAGAAAGAAGAAAAUUCACCAUAAAACAGCAGCAAAAAGAAAAAGAACCAAAGUCACUAAAUCAAAAUCGAGAUUAAAAUUGAACGAAGCUGAAACUGAAACAGACACUGAAACAGAAUAUAUAUCUGAUAAAUCGGAAAGCAGUGGCGGAGAAUUUAUGGUAGAUUUAGCUACUGAGGCACCUAGCGACACACCUACUACGGAAAUCGAAACCGAAAUAUUAAUAGAAACUGAAAAAUACUACAGUGUUUAUUAUGAUGAUCAGUGGUACCUUGGCAGAAUUUUGAACAUAAAUGGCAGUGAAUGUAAUGUAAAGUUUUUGAUAAAACAAUUAGAUGCUUUCGUUUGGCCUAAGCAAGAAGACAUUCAGCUAGUUGACAAACAAUUCAUUUUUUAUGGUCCGAUCGAUUUAGUAGGCAGUAGCCCAUUCCAAUUGAAGAGGGUUGAUUUAAAUAAAAUAAAUAAAUUGUAUAAAGAUUUGAAAAGAAUGUAA